CCGUUUAGAGAUUUUACAGUCUGUCAUAUCCGUAUCACAAAAAAAACUGUUUUACAGCAAACGAUGAACUGGAUUAGCUAGUGUGACCAUCAGAUCUAUAUAUUUAACAUAAACUGUGUCUAAGAAUUAAUCCAAAUGUGACGGUACUCGACGAACUAAAAGCCACGUAGCCCUAUCGAGAUGUCAUUUUUAAGCAGUUUUCGUAAACUUUUUCGUUUAGGUGGAGAGGAGACCAAGAAAAAGGAAGCUAACAAAAACAUCAAACGGGACAUAGAUCCGUCACAAAUUUGGGAGAAAGUCGGGGAGCUUGGGGACGGAGCAUUUGGAAAAGUUUACAAGGCUCUUAAUAAGGAGACUGGACAAUAUGCAGCACUCAAACAGGUCGAGAUCAAGAGUGAAGAGGAGCUGGAAGACUUCACCGUCGAAAUUGAUAUUCUUUCUGAAUGUCGACACCAAAAUGUUGUGUCACUCUAUGAAGCCUUUUACUGGGAUUCCACCCUAUGGAUGUACAUCGAAUUUUGUGGAGGAGGUGCCUUGGACAGUAUAAUGGUGGACCUUGAGAAACCCCUUACAGAAAAGAUGAUUCGCUAUGUUUGUCAUGAGAUAUGUGUGGCACUGCAGUUCCUCCAUAAACAGCAUGUCAUUCACAGAGAUAUCAAAGCCGGCAAUGUUCUUCUCACGCUCGACGGGGAGGUCAAACUGGCUGAUUUUGGUGUGUCUGCCAAGAAUACAAGAACUGCGCAGCGGAGGGACUCCUUCAUUGGGACCCCCUACUGGAUGGCGCCAGAAGUUAUCAUGUGUGAGACCCUGAAGGACAGUCCAUACAACACCAAGGCAGAUAUUUGGUCACUAGGUAUUACUCUGAUAGAGUUUGCCCAAAUGGAGCCACCCAAUCACGAUAUGCAUCCAAUGAGAGUUCUCAUCAAAAUCCAGAAGUCUGACCCGCCAUCCCUUGCCAAACCGUCUCGAUGGUCUAAAGACUUCAAGGAUUUUGUGAAUAUGUGUUUGGUGAAGAACCCCGAUCUGAGACCUACGGCUGAAGAACUAUUAAUGCACCCAUUCAUCCGUGACUACACCGACAAGUCAGACCUGGUUGACCUCAUCCUAGAGGCUAAGGCAGAGGUCGUAGAGGUCAUUGAGGACCUGGGUGAGGAUGAGGAUAUUAUACAAAUGAAGAAACACAUGAGUGAUGCAUCGUCUAUAUCCGACCUAGAUAAUGUAUCCGUUAGUGGAGACAGCGACAAGAAAUCUCCGACUCCAGAACGGGUGGUGAUUCCGGAGAAGGAAAAACCAAAGCCAACGGAAACCAAACCACAGCCCAAGGAAAAAGAGCAAGAACCUGCAAAACCAGAAGAAAAAGUACUGGAGCCAGAAACAGCAAAUCAGAUUCCAGAAAGCAAAGAAGAAGAAAGUCCUGAAAAACCAUCACCAGAACUUUCGCCACGUAAAUCUCCAGCCCCAUCACCGCCAAAAUCUCCUCCAAAGUCUCCUCCGAAAUCUCCUCCGAAAUCUCCUCCACAGCCAUCUCCGAAACCAUCAGUAGAGGAGAUCAUUAAAGUUAAGGAAGAAGCUUCACAUUUGAAUCAAGAUAUUGAUUCCUUGACGAAUGAGUCGCCUGACCAGGAACUCGGUCCUAGCAGUGACGAAACGUCAGAGACGGUAAGUCCUGCAAAAGACAAUGUUAAACCAGACAUCACGCCGACAGUUAAUGACAUCUUAGAAGGUCUUAUCAAUGAGGUGAUUCGAUCUGUGAACACACAACCGUCGGUGCCUAGCGUUGUCCUGGAUACUUUCAAAGAUGUCAUUGAAGAAGCACACCAGGAAAAACUUGCAGAGGAAGGGGAGGAGGAUAAAGAGCAUGAAUCUCAACAGCAACAGGAAGAAGGAGAGACCAGUUAUGAAAUAACUGAUAUUGAUGAUGCUUUACAAGACGAGGAAGAAAAAGAACCAGAAAAGAAAAAAUCACCGGGGCACAAAAUGAUCAUUGACAUAUCUACCGGCAAAGCCAACAAUGUAGAAAUUAAGAAAGUUGGGGGAAAUGUUUCUUCAACAACACAAAAUACUAGUAAAGAGAAAGUAGAAGUAGAAAUUCAGGAAGUCAAGGUCACCCUAGGUGAUGAUGACCAAGGAGCUCAGACAAGUAAAGAUAGUAAUAAAGACGAUGCCUCAAUCACUAUUAAUGGACAGCCGGUUCCGACAUCGGGGAUGGUGGUGGGCAAUGGCUAUGCCAUGCCCGUGGGCGAAAAUACAAACAAAGAAAUGGUAACGAGUGCUGUGAUUCCACAGACAGAUCUAGAUACAUUUGAAACCAAAAAUGUCAAAGAUUCCAAGAACCGCCAUAUAGCAGAUGUGGAUGAUGACACACGUUCAGACACAGGUAGUGUAACCACUGUGGACAGUAACGAAGAUGUGACCAAGACCGCUACAAGCCGAGCUGCUAAAUCACAUAUACGCACUCGUGGGGAGACAAAGAGUCACUAUAGAACACUGACCAAAACAAGGAAGUACAUGAGGGAUGGGGUGGAGGUCGUCAGUACCACUCAGAAGGUCAUCGACACAGGCGAGGAAAAUAAAAGACGAGAGGAGUUCUAUUGCAGGAAGCAGGACCUGCGGGAGCUGAAGAUGCUCCAGAAGCAGGAGAACAAGCAAUACCAGGACUUGCUUUACAAGGCACAAUGUGCGAGAGAGGGACAAGAACGCCGCUUCGAUAUAGACAUGCAGAAAUUGGUCCAGAACUAUGAUCAGGAUAUGGAGACAUUGACAAAACAGCAGAAACAACAGGUGGAGAGGGCAGAAACGACACAACAGAUGGAUAUGAAGUCUGCUGGCAAGCGCAUCAAACUGGAGCAGGAAAAGGAAUAUAAAACAUUUAAAGAACAACAAAAGCAAGAGAUGAAGCUGCUGAAACAAGAACUUGAUUUGAUGCCCAAAGACAAUAAGAAAGAAAGUGUGAGGAAGAGGAAAGACCAGAAAGAGAUUGAGCUGGCAGAAAAAGAGCGACAGUUCUUUGAGAACCAACAGGAGAGAAUGGAAAAGCACAUGAAACAGCUUUCAGAUACUCAUCGCCAGAAGGUGGCGCUGUUGGAGAGUCAGUUCCUACAGCAGAAACAACAGUUGCUCCGAUCCCGAGAGUCUGUUAUUUGGGAGACAGAAAAACAACAGCUCCAUGAAAAACACCAACUGGCGAAGAGUCAAUUGAAAGACAUGUUCUUCCUUAAGCGACACCAGAUGCUCACUCGUCACCAAAAGGAAGUGGAGCAGAUGAAGCGCAGUAACACCACUAAAGAGGAAGAGAUGACAAGCCGGCACACGCUGGAAAAGAAACGUCUCCCGAAAAUCUUAAAAAGCGAGGCCAAAACACGUGCCAACAUGUUCAAACAGAGCUUACGCCUUAGUACCAUUGGUUCACCAGAGGACGACCGUGCAAAAAUGAAACAGUUUGAGGAAAAUGAGAAGAAGCGGAUGAAGGCAGAACAACAGCGCCAGGAACAGAAACACAAACGGCAGUGGGAGGAGCUUGUGUUCAGGAAUGACACCAGUCUAAGGGAACUGGAGGCCCUACAGGCGGAGAAACGAAAAAUGUUGAUGGAGCACGAGACACAGAAAAUUAAGGAGUUGGACGAUCAGUAUGCAAAUGAGCUACGUGAGUGGAAGAACCAGCUUACGCCGAGAAAACAGAAAUUGGAAGAAGAAUUCCAGAGACAGAGGGAGGAACAAGAGAAAUUCUAUGGUACUGUUCUGAUAACGGGGAAUGACGGAGGGCAUCAAUCCGCUCCUCGAUCACAGCCCAACAGUCUCCGUGGUAACAAGGAGGAUGGCGUGAAAUCAUCCAGACAUUCGACUGUGAUAUGAUAAACUGAACUAGUGUGUGUCGCUUAAGCCUUUCAUUUGACUCUUGAUGGGCUGGAACCACAGAUUAAUGUGUUCUCUUAAGAUUUUUUUUUUUAAAAUCGACAAGAGUAUUGCUAAAAAGGAAUCAGUUAUUCAGAACUGUUGAUACAGGAAUUUUGAUUGUUUUGAAAUGUAAAAGAAAGACUUUGUAAUGAAGGCAAUUGUUUAAUUUGAAAGAAAAUUCAAAUUAAUCUGAUAUGUUUGUUUUCUGUAUAAAAGGUAAACGUUAUGCAUGGUCUCAGUAUGUGACUUUUAAGUCUACAAAGUGAAUAAGGAAAAGACUUAUGCAUCUAGCUUUUUAUUUGUGUUGGACUAGUAUGUUAUGAUAUAAGUUUUUACUACAAAAGCAAUUUAGUUUGUUUAUUAAUGUAGGACGAUUGCUGUGAGUGCUGAGACAGUAAAGUGUUGUCAAGUGUUGUCUCCCUUAGUUAUUGGGAUUGUCUCCCUUUGUUUAUUAAUCAUUUAUUGGUAUGAUAGAGUUUGUAAUGUAAUUUGAUAUACAUGUAGGUGAUUAUUUGUUGGGUUCUCAUAAUCUUUAACUCUCUUUUAUCAAUUUCACUUGAAGAGAACAUUUUGUUACUGUUUUUUUGUGCUUUGGUUAUGUUAUAUACACACUAUGUAUGUUGUUAAAAAAUGAUUUUAAAAGUUUAGAGGAGAUGUCUUUUUCAUAUGAAUGAUUUUCCUCUGUUUCCUAUACCAAUAUCUACCAGACUGUUUGUAGUGUUAAUAGUUUACAAACAUUGAUAAAAGUCUCCUUCAGUUACUUGAAAUUGUGUCAAACAAAUUUAAAACCUUGAAAUCUUUUUUUUUGUUUUUUGCUUGAGGUCACAAAUCUUGUUUCCUUGACAUUUUAAAGCUUGCUUUACAUAACAAAAAAGAAUUCAAUUUUGUCAGUCACUGAUUAGCAAUGGACAAAUUCACUUACACAUGGAGUCUUAUUUAACAAAAUAAAAAUCUGAAGUGUCAUGCUCAAGUAUAAGGAAGAAUUUUUUAUUUAUUUAAGGUGAAUAAUUCCUAGGACCGAAUUCGCCUUCUGUCUGCAUUCAUUAUGCAAAAACAGUAGUCUUUGCACAAACAAUCAAAUUUAAAGAGAAAAAAAUGCAAAUGGGAUGAAUUCAAAUAAGUGGUGUAUUUUUUCCUUCUUAGUGAAUUUGUUCAGUUUAAGACUGUAUUGUACAACAUUGUGAAGAAAACUAGUUUAAUUUUCACAACUGUGGAAAGCUAGCAAAUUUUGUCAUGUUAGAAGGAAAAAUGCAACUAGAAGAUAGUAGAAUGAGGGAUAACUCCGUUAAAACUAGCAGAAGGUUACAUAAAAAAUUAAUUACGAUCUUGAUACGGAAAAUCUGUGAUACAACAGCUAUUUGUAUAUGUUUGUAUAAGAUAACUCAUAAUUCCUUAUCACAUAUAAACAUGCAAAAUGAAUCCUAAAUGUCAGUUUUAUUUAUUUCAGAAAAAAAAUACUCGUCAAUAUUAUUAUAGGAAGUAAUGAUCAAAACUGAUAAGUUUGUAUAUUUUGUAUUAUUUUGAUAUCUUAUUCAUUAGAAGAUUAAAAGUGUAGAAAUAGGUAGGUGAUUUAUUCCUGAUACACUGCAUAAACUAACACACAAAACAAUCACACAUUUUAUAUUAGAUAAUGAGAUGAUACAAAUAGUGGUUGAUGAAAUUUCAUGGAAAAGGAUAUUUUAUUAUGAGUGCGAUUUGUAAAAUUUUGUUUUUUUUCAUUUAUUUAAUUUUUUUCAUUGAGGCAUUUAAAAUUACAUGUAUGGGCAAAAAUUGGUUCAGAAUUGAAAGAAAGUGACAGAUAUUUUGUUUUUAGAAACACAUAAUGUAUCCCUAAUGAAAAAUAAAAUUAGAAAAAAAAAAAAGAUGAUGCACCUUACACAUACAUGUACAUAUUGUUAGUGAUGUAGGCAAUGAAUGUUUGUUACUGAACAAUGACAGUAGUGAAAUAUAGAGAAAUACAGUGAAAUGUAUAGUGAAAUACAUUUAUAUACAGAAAUAUAGUGAAAAUUGCAGAUAUUUUGGAAAAUGUAAAAAUAAUUGUUACAGUACAAUUUUGAAUCUUCUUCAUGUAAAAUAUGCUAUGAUUUAAAUAUACCUUUUAUGUAACCAAAAAUGAAGAAAACUAAAUUCAAUUUGCAGUAAUUUUGUCCUUGUCUUUUAGCAAAAGAUAGAUGUCUUGAAUAUGCCGAUAAACCUGUUUUUAAAAAACUAAAUGAAAUUGUACUUAAUUUUUUUUACAUUUGAAUUUAAGUUCAGUAGCUAUGUGUUAGUUUAAGGUAAAUACUAUGAUUAUGAUAUUUAAUUUAAAAAGUAAAUUGUGAUAUAAUGGAAAAUAACAGAUCUACAGAACAUUCCACAAAAAUGAUUAGAAAAGAUAUUUAUUUUACUAACUAGGCUAUUUAAUUACUACCCACCCGUUAGAACGAUUGUAUCUGUAUACAUCAUAAAGGGAAAGGAGAUUUUAUUUAUCUUCUGAAGAUGCAGGUUAUCCAGAUAAUUCAACGCUUCAUCAAUACAGAUUAUGUAAGCACAUCUUCUCUUGGUUGGAUGAAUACCUUGAUGUGAUUGUGAAUUAUUGUUUAUAACUUAUGAAAAAAAAAAUGAUGUAUCAAAUUCACGGAUAUUGUGUUAGUUAUGCGAUUUGUGCAAUCCUGGUGUACACCUACUGUUGUUUGGUUCUCUAUAAUUCUGAGAAAAAAAGUGACAGAGAAGUGCCAUAUACUAACUAUAUAUACAAUUUUUUUUCGUCUUCGUUUUUAUAAAAGUAGAUUUUAAUUUUGGAAUUAUUAGAAGAUUAAUAAGGGAAAAAAUUGAAUAGUAUUAAUACAUUGUGUAAGAUUUAUAAUUUUGAUGAAGGUGUAAAAAAGAAAAGAAAAUACAUCAAGUGUUUGGUACUUCAUAUUGAAAAUAUUGGUGUAAGGAAUGUUUGUUUGGCCUUUUAUAAUUAUUAGUAUUAUUGUCAUAGAGUAUGUUUAUUACAGUGCUUACAGAAACCGCAAAACCAAUGUACAUCUUUCUUUUACAACUAAAUUCAAUUCAGGUAUAAAUAAGUAUCUGAAUAUUCCUUUUGGUCCCUCAUAAUGGAUUCAAUAAUGCUAAGAAAAUGGGCAAAAAUAUUUUUGUGGCCAAUUAAGCAAGUGAUAUUGAGUCAUUUCAGUAGCUCGGUAUUGCAUAGAAAUAGCUUUUACUUGCCUUUCAAUUUCAACUGCAAUAAUAAUCAGAAUUUACAGUAAAGAAUGGUUUUCUGGAGGAAAAAAUGUUAAAAGCUGAAAUCUUUUGAGGCCAAAUAAUAUCUUUUAAAAGAAAUUUUGUUUUUUUUUCUCGAAUGCUUUUUUAGUUUAUGUUAUCAGCUUAAACCAGUUUGAUUAAGAAAAUAUCAGCAGUAGCAGAAAUCUGUAUCGUGUAAAGGGUAAAAAUGAUAUAUUCAUGAAUAAUGUACAAUCUUUUUUUUUUAUUUGUUUCAUGAUCAUUUGUCAGUAAAUGUACCAAAUCAAAAUAUUUUGAGUAAAACAUUUACAUUUGAUAGCAUUGAUUGACAAAGAAAAUAGUUCAGAGAGUUUUAAGGUGUACUUUAGAACAGCUUGUCACCGAAAAUUUUAUUAAUGCAAAAUUGACACUCAUACCUACUAUUGAAGUAGAAAUUUGUUAAGCCUUGUAAAGUCCUUGCUGACACUAGUGUCUCCGUGCUUAAUGUUUAUUCAGAUUCAAUACAUAGUUGGUACGGUGUAUAUUUGAUUGUACUUACAUAUCUACGUUGUAUGUUGUAUAUAUUUAUAUUUAAAUCACCUUGUCAUCUUUGUUCAAUCCUGAGUGAGAUGUUAUACUGCCUAUAGUUGUUAUGGAGUCAGACAUUUCUAAACCGAAUCGUGCACACAAUAUACACACAUAUGCCAUUUCAUGUAUUAAUGCAUUAUAACUGUUAUAAUAUCACACUUAAUUGUUUUCACAAGUCAUUGUGAUGAAACGAUUAUUAUUAAUAAAAUUUACCAGUCUGAUGAAAUAAAUUUUAUUUCAAUGUCAA